AGGAAAAAUUAAUAAAUAAAGAUUUGCAUAAACAUGCAGAGGCGAUAGAUUCAACCAAGCUCUAUUAAAUUGGGACUGUCUCGCGUACAUGUGAAUCUCUAAUUGAACUCGCUAUUAUAUUCUGUAAUGCUGAUCAUUCUGAUCUUGAAUAUUUGCCGCAAUUCCUAUUGACAGCAUCGUCAUGAGCACCGGCGGUUCGAUGAUUCCGAGCAAUGUAGGGAAGACGAUCCAUGAUAUAAAGGAGAUCGCUGGUGGCAAGCACAGCGACGAUGACAUUUACGCCAUGCUCAAAGAAUGCAACAUGGAUCCCAAUGACACUGCUCAGAAGCUUUUGUAUCUCGAUACUUUCCAUGAGGUCAAAAGGAAACGAGACAGAAAGAAAGCAAAAGCCAGCAACCAAACUUCUGAGGGUUACAGGUGGAUGUCAGGCAUGCAGCGGAGAGGGGCCAGGAAUGGUCGUGAGAGAAUUUCUGCAAAUUACAUCACUGAUGAUGCCAGUGGCAGACGACACGUUAAUAAAGAAAAUGGAGUCAUUAGUUUGAAGGAUAGAAGUUCUAAGACCUCCAUGCCGGUUGCACAUAAAACUAAUCCACAUCCUAGCAAGGAAUCUGCUAUUGAGGUAUCUGCAGAUGAUCCUAGUUACAGUAGAGUUGCUUCAUUUGUUAAUGUAAACAAGUUGGCAAAAGUUUCAACUCUACCUCCUAAUUUAAUAAACCAUCAUCCAAACUUGGAUCCUGGCCCCACUCCUGCCCCCACCCCCACCUUUGCACCUGGAACCAGAUUUCAAAGUAAAACUGUCAUAUCAAGACCUAAUGAGCUUGUGACAAGCACAACUUUAGCAUUGGUAUCUGGUGUCUACUCCUCUGCCUCAGAUCCUGUCCUAGUUCCAGCCUUGAAUACCCGAAACUCAGGAAUAGUUGGCACAAUAAAACGUGAGAUAGGCAGCCAGCGCACUGCUACCGAAUCCACUGUGUCUCCUGUGAAUGAAGGAAAAUUAGAUGCUUGUCAAAGUCCUCCCCGGAAUACUCAUUCACUCAUUGGAACUGUCAACUGCAUAAACACAGCAGCACCUUCUAUAGAACCAGUUGUUGCAAUUAAUCGUGAAAGUCAGCAUUCCAAUCAAGUUAAAGGUCAUUCAGAAG